AUGGCAAACGAAUUUAGCUUCGCAAAAUGCAAAUAUUCGGAUAUUACACCAGUUCCGGAAAUGAAACAAUCAACUGCUGGACCGAAAGAGUCGAAUGUUACAAAACUUGUGGCGUCGAAACCAGUACCACUAGAAGAACUUACUAUAACUAUUCGUAUCAAACUCAAAUAUCCACAACUGGUAGACUUUGUUGAUGAAUUGAAUAAAUCUAAUGAUACUUUGAUUAUUAAUGGAAAGUCUGUAUCAAUAUUUCAGCUUUAUGCACUUCGAUCAACUAGUAAACCAAUAGAUAUGAGUAAUCAAAGAGAACGUCCAGUUUAUCGACCAAAUUUAUUUAUACGUAAAAAUGAUAAGUUUGGACCUUGGAAUUUCAAUUAUUUACUCGAUCUAUUAGAACUAGAUUAUCGACCUGAUACAAAAGGAAGUCACUUUCCUGAAAUAUGGUACACCACAGCAAAUACUUGUUUUAAUGUAAAAAUUAUACGUUACGAUGAAUUAGUAAUAGAACGAACUGAAAUAAUUGAUCCAUCUGGUUCUUCUGAAGAAAUCAAUACUCUUGAAGACCUUCUCAAAUCUAUUGGACGUCAAAAUAAAUAUGGUCAAGAAGAUAUUAGAAGCUGGAAAAAAGAACUAGAAGUGGAAAAUAUUAAGACAAUCGAACAUCUUCAAAACACGGUUAAGAAUGAAAAUAUAUGGGAAAAGGUCAGUGGUGUUAAACCUACAGUGAAACAAAUGAUUUAUGAUUAUGUACAACUGAAUGCUGUCGCAGAUAGUUUCAAUCAAACUACUGAUCCUUACAGAGAAUCACUAGCUACGCUAUUAGGUGAUAUUCAUCGAGUUAAACGUUAUUUUUAUGAUGCUAUUGGAAAAAAAGAACAAUUGACAUAUCUCGAUCGAAGUGCUGUUGAUUUAGCCAUUCAAGAACUACGUAAAUUCUACGCUGAUGAUGGAAAUAUACUUAGUACUAUUCAUGAAUAUCUGCGUACGUUUUGUGUUCCAACUGCAAGUUUUACCGACGAAGAAAUUGAAAAGAAACGAAGCAUCUGGGAGAAAGAGCUUGAGCAACUUAAAAAUGAAGCUGAUAAUUUGACAAUAGAAACUAAAUCGAUAGAAUCCGAAUGUGAGACGAUCAAAAAUGAUCUUAAAAUUCGAGAACUUCGUUUAUCAAAUAUAUCUAAAGAAGAAGAAUCGGCAAAAAGAGAAGUAGAUAAUCUUAAGGAUAUAGCGAGAAACGCUGCAGCUGUUACAGUCACUUGGAGAAACAAUUUUGACAGAGCUAAAAUGAAACAAGAACAAUCUGAAGAGAAGAAGAAAAAUGCUGAAAAAGAUUUGCAAGAAACAGUCAUUAAAUCCGAGAGAAUAAUGAAAAAACAUUAUAAAUUUCUUCAAAAUCUUCAAAACAAUACGAAAGAGAUUAAUGAUCGGCAAUCCAAGAUCGAUCUUAUUGACGCUGAUGAACAUCGUAAACUCAAAGUGAAAAUUGGUCGUGGUCUACUACUUUAUGGACCACCUGGAACUGGAAAAUCAGAACUACUUAAACGAGCAGCUGUUUACGCUGGUAUUACAAUGACAACAGUUCCAUUAGCUGCAGGUGAACUUAAUCGACCUUACGUAGGUGAAACAGAAAAACUCCUUAUUGACAUCAUGUAUCGUGCCAAUACUAUUCCAUAUUUGAUGUGUGCUAUGACAAUUGAUGAAAUUGAUGGAUUAGUACCAAAACGAGAUAAUAAUGCACAACAAUCGAAAGUCGAUGGCAUUAGUGUUCUUCUUUCACAUAUUGAAGGUGUAAAAAACAUACCAAAUUUAAUCGUGUUCGGUGCAACAAAUCGACGAAAUAUGAUGGAUGAUGCUUUUCUAAGACGUAUGCAAGCGAAAUGCUUUGUUGGUCGACCAUCCCCUGAAAUUCGUAAACAGAUGCUUAAACCACUUUUAACAAAAGAUUUGAAAGAUUUCACCGAUGAACGGCUGAAUUUUCUUGUUAAAAUUACAACAAAUUUUAGUGGUGCAGCAAUCGGUGCAUUAAAAUCAAGUAUUGUUAGUUUUUUAGCAGAUAAUCCAGCAUCAUUAUCUAAUCAUACAUUACUCUCACUUGCUAAUAAUACAGCUCGAGAAUUUAGUUGUUGGUUUGGAAGUAGUACUCUACCAGAAAUUUGUCGCAUUUAUCCAAAUAUAUUUGAUACACAAAGUAUAACAAAUACACAAUCCCAAGAAUUCUCAUUAGUUCUUCUAGGAAGGAAGCCUUCAGGAAGAAUUUUAAUUGAUUUACAAGAAAGGAAAUGUUACAUCGAACUAUCAGAUGAAAAUACUAUUGAAAAACCAUUAUUGAAUGAUGAAACAUCAUUGAUGACCUUACUUGCGCGUAUUAUUAACGGUUGUUCUAGUCGAAACAUUGAUACAAUUCAAAUUAUUGAUACAGAUUUUUUAUCAAAAAAUAAUGCAUUUGAUGAGAAUAAAAUCUUUGAAUUACUUGCAACAACAUUUGCCGAAUGUGAUGAAUACAAUCGUUCAAUGUUUAUUUUCGAUAUUGAUUCACUUAUAAUGCUUAGUAUAAGUGAUUCAAAUAUGUCUCAAUCAACAUCGAUUUCAAAUAUUCAUCUAUAUCAAUACAUACGUGAAAAAUGUAAACAAGCAUUUGUGGAAAAUAAACCCGUUAAUAGCAGUAAUAAUUUUACUGCAAAAG